CUUCACCACUAUAACACACACACACACACACACACACAUACACACAAACCAGAAUCAAUAAGCCUUGGAAGGCAACUCUUCCAGGAAGGUAUUAACCAUCACCUAGCCAACAUGUAGUACCUGGAGCGGUGCUGGAGAAGAAACGCUUGUACUGAGAUUGAAACCCAUUAGGAUGGAUUUAUAGGAGGUGAAAAGCGUUCGUCGCUGCUUAAUUUGUCUAAACACUGAAGUCGGAUGGUCGCUUUUCUGCUUGUUCGCUUCGCGGAAAAACAAGGAGGAAGGAAAAGUGGACACGGGAGAACUUCCUGAAUUGGAACGAGACAUGUCCGACUCCCCUUUACAAGUCAGCAUUAAGCAGGAGAGGGGCACGUUCAGUCCCUCUGCCAGCCCACUGCCAAAUUCUACUUCCUCUCCUGGCCAUGCCGCUCAACCUCUGAACAAUGCCAGGACCGAGGAUGAGCCAACCAGACUGCCUGGACACCUGCGUCUGCAGCCGAUGUUCUGGAGCAGAGAGGAUGUAGCUCAGUGGCUACGCUGGGCUGAGCAAGAGUUUGCACUUCGGCCCAUAUCCAGUGGAAGCUUCCAGAUGAAUGGCAAAGCCCUCCUGCUGCUUACCAAGGAAGACUUCCGCUACCGCUCACUGCACUCAGGUGAUGUCCUGUACGAGCUCCUGCAACACAUCCUGAAGCAGAGAAAGCCUCACUCGUCCUUCCCUCACACAUACUUCCAUGGAAAUCCCUUUCACAGUCUACCCGACGCACCAUUGCAACACCACAAACUCGAGGAAACGGUACUAAGAACCCCACGUGGCACAGCUGCACAUCCCCUCCACCCUCCGACCAUUGAGCUACGUCACCGUUCACGCUCGCCUCACCGGUCACCCUCCAAUAUUGUACAUGUCCACCUUUCCUCAGCUGAGGAUGCCCAGCCUGUGGCCUCCCAGCUACCUGACAGCAACAACCACCUCCCUGAGGACCUAUAUCCGCUUUCAGUAUCGCCCACGGCCCCCAACGGGCACGGUCCUGGUUCACGCGAGGUCCAACGCCCAGUCAGCCCAUCACAAGAAGAGGCAGUGCCUCCUCGGGUCAUCCAGCUGAUGCCCAGUGCUAUCAUGCACCCAUUGCUGCUGAGCCCUGGACGAGUAGGGAUGCCCAGCGACUUCAGACACGGCCGUGCCCAGGCACAAGAAAAUGGGCGUGAUGGAAAGGGCCAUCAUCAUCAUAACCACCACCAUCCUCAUCAUCCUCCAGCCCAUCAUGCACUAAGUCUAGCAGCGCAUCAGCAACAGCAGCAACCUCACCAACAGGAAGAUGCUCGCUAUAGAAACCAGAUGCUCAUGCCUGUGUCUCCUCCCGAGGAACAGGUCAUGCCUAUUGGACGCAUCGCUGACUGCAGACUGUUGUGGGACUACGUGUAUCAGCUCCUGUCUGACAGCCGCUAUGAGAAUUACAUACGCUGGGAGGAUCGUGACACCAAAGUCUUCAGAAUAAUUGACCCCAACGGUCUGGCUCGUCUGUGGGGAAACCAUAAGAACCGGACCAACAUGACAUAUGAAAAAAUGUCAAGAGCACUACGACACUAUUACAAACUCAACAUCAUCAGGAAAGAGCCUGGCCAGAGGUUGUUGUUCAGGUUCAUGAAAACCCCAGACGAGAUCAUGAACGGACAGACAGAUCGACUAGAACAUCUGGAGUCAGAUACGGAUGAUCAGAUCUACGUGAAAGAGGAGUGUUGAGCACUUGCUGCGAAAGAGAUGAACUUUUUUAAAGCCGUAGAUGCCUCGUCAACGUUUGCUGUGUUUAGUAUCACCCGAGCAGGCCCGGAUGUUUGCUUUGAUUGAAACAGGAGCCACCUUACAGGGACACAGUCAUUUCCUGCACUGUUUUCUACUCUGAAUAUUGAUAAUUAAAUUUGUUUUUCUUUUUUUCUGGUGUUUGUUUCAGAAGAAUUACCCAUAUAUGACAAUCACUGUAAUUAAUAAUUAUUCCUACAAAUCAUCUGUUUCUAAUUCCUGGCACAAUGAAAGAUUUCUGGGUUUUUUUGUGAGGUAUUUUGAGUGUGUGUAUUAUGCACACAUACUGCAGUUUGUGUAAACAAGUCAUACAAGAGAUUCCUUUAAGAAUAAAUUUUAAUGACCGUC